AUGAGCUCCUCAACAAACAACACCGCCUCCGCCCUCCGCAUUGCCCGCGUUCUCGGCGCCCAGCUCGUGCCUGCUCUCCAAACCAUCCAAAGCGCGAAGGAGCUUACCCUGGCCUGCGGGUGCGGCCGGAUGGCUGAAGGCUUCGCAUACCCGUGCAAGCAGCCGGUCUGCACAAUCUGCGUGAAGGACCUAUGCCCCAACUGUGGCGCCCAGUACUCUAAGCCCAAGGCCGACUGUCAUCACCACCGUGGCCCUUACUGCCCCCAUGAGAACUGCCCCGAGAACAAGGUCGUCACGUACUACCGCUCGAACGCCAUCAACGGCGCAGAACUCUUCAAGGCCGUCUCCGAGCACGGAGCGCACAUUCAGGAGCUGAUCGACCAUCUGACUGUAUUGACGAAGGACAUGUAG